GAGAGAAGUUGGAAAAAUGCCGACGGUGUCCCCUCUGGCGAAAUACAAGCUGGUGUUCUUAGGAGAUCAAUCCGCUGGGAAAACCAGCAUCAUCACUCGCUUCAUGUACGAUAAAUUCGACACCACUUACCAGGCCACCAUUGGAAUUGAUUUUUUGUCAAAAACAAUGUAUCUAGAAGAUCGAACAGUUCGUUUGCAGCUUUGGGAUACUGCAGGGCAGGAGAGAUUCAGGAGUCUAAUUCCUAGUUACAUCAGAGAUUCUUCUGUUGCAGUAAUCGUCUAUGAUGUAGCUAAUAGGCAAUCAUUUUUGAAUACUUCUAAAUGGAUGGAGGAGGUACGCACAGAACGAGGCAAUGACGUUAUUAUUGUACUUGUUGGGAACAAAACUGAUCUGGUUGACAACAGGCAGGUUUCCAUAGAGGAAGGAGAAAACAAGGCUCGUGAAUCUGGGAUCAUGUUCAUAGAAACCAGUGCAAAAGCAGGAUUCAAUAUCAAGCCUCUAUUCCGCAAAAUAGCGGCGGCCUUACCAGGGAUGGAAAGUCUUUCUUCAACAAAACAGGAAGACAUGGUGGAUGUGAACUUGAAGUCCACAGCCAAUUCAUCCCCAACAGAGCAACAAGGAAGGGGGUGCCCAUGUUGAAGAGAAAUGUACCAUUUACUAAAACCUUAAGGGAGAACAAAAUGAAG